AUGGCUCAGUUUCAUAGCUUACCACCUGAUUGUAAUUUUACGCUUCUUGGGUUAGGUUCUGUCUCUGGUGCUGUGGUUAUGAUAGACGGAGACGGGAGAUCGAGGAAGAAGUUUGAUGAUAAGGAGUGGUAUGUAGGUAAGGCUCAGAAGAAGUCUGAGAGGGAAGUUGAGUUGAGUAGAAGAUAUGAACAAGGAGCGAGGGAGACAGGGAAUAGUUUUGAUGGAUUGAAUCUGUAUGUUAAGAAUCUUGAUGAUACUGUUACUGAUGAGAAGUUACGUGAGUUGUUUGCUGAGUUUGGUACUAUUACUUCCUGCAAGGGCUCACUUGUACAGUUCUCUGGCUCUAAGGAAAUUCAAAAUGAUGCUGGAGAUUGCCGUGACAUCCUUGUGUUUAAUACUUAUGAUGUCACCAAUCUAUCUACGUUCUUGGGUUUCUGUUGUUUGUUUGCUGAUGUUUUCACUGUUGGUGGGUGA